GAAAUAGCCAUCAGAGACUCACCAUAACAGUCUUGCAGAGUCAUAAUCAGCCUAAUUUUGGCCAUACUCAUUCAUCUCAAUGGACUCACCUGGUCUAAUGCCUCUGGGAUUACCCCAACCACUUGGAUAUGCCGACCAAGCAUGCAAAGAAUGCCGUCGGAGGAAAUCGAAAUGCAAUAAGGGGAUCCCCACAUGUAACAUGUGCCUGAGAUACAGAAGACAUUGCCUAUACGAAAAACAUUCGAGGACUCCACUUACGAGAAGGCACUUGACGGAAGUUGAAGAAAGAUUAGAACAAGCGGAGGCUUUGAUCAGACAACUAAGAGCUACGCAGCCACCGCAAACGUUGUUAAGCGAAGAAUCUACUAAUGUACUUGCUUCGCCCAACCAGCUAUCUGAGGCUAGUGAACUGGCUCAUGAUAAACAUGAUCAUUCGAGAUUAGGUUCAGAUAAGAUUGAUGUUUUUUCAGAUACCAGACAAUUCACCAAUAACGACUUAUCCAUGGACAGAUCACAUUUGCAACAGCCAUCAGUUCUUGGUAUCCAUGAUGGUUUGAUCUCAGAUUCCACGCUCAACGCAAAUACUCCAAAGAAAGUUUUUGCUGACGGCCCAAUUACCCAGCAAAUUAUGGGGGCCUCAGAGCAAGUUGAGAGCUCUGAUAAGUCUCAAGAUGAUGAUUUUGAAAGCCCACCCUCAACAGGCGACUUUGGUUGGAAUGAGCAUGGGGCUGCCCAGCAAGAUUCUCCCGGAAUUUCGAUUGCAAGCGACUUGAAUGAAACCAGACAGAUCCUAGAUGGCAUGGCAUCUCUGACAGUCUCGGAGCAGCGAAGUGGUUAUCUCGGAAUCGCGUCAGGCGCCGCUUUUCUACGCCUUUUAGAGCCUGUGGAAUAUAGAAAUGCGCAAAGCCAUUCACCUGUCGAGGCUGAUCCCCGCGUUUCCCUAACCACGCUCCCCAAUCUGAACAAACACAUAGCCGACACUAUGAUCGAUGCCUAUUUCAGAAUAUAUCACCUCAGUUAUCCGAUUGUCCACGAACCAACCUUCCGAGCUCAGUAUUCCGAAGUCAUUCGAAGGCCUAACGGCGGAUCUUGGUACAUUCUAGCAUAUGUUAUGGCAGCCCUCGGAGUGUAUACGACCGCAACGGAUCUAAAUAAUCUGGAUUUAGACAUUUUUCAGCACACUAAAUCUCUCCUCACAUUUGACAUACUUGAGGUUGGGAGCUUAACAAUGGUCCAAGCCCUGACUUUAAUUUCCAACUACCAACAAAAAAGAGAUAAGCCGAAUUCUGCGUAUAGUUACUCGGGAUUGGCGGCCAGAAUGGCUAUGGCACUUGGGCUGCACAAGGAUUUUCAGGGGUGGAAAAUCCCUCCGUUAAGCAUGGAGAUCCGACGCAGAGUUUGGUGGACGAUGAGCAUAUUUGAUAUUGGUGCUACCAUCACGUUUGGUCGACCGCAAGUGUGCCCGUUCGACGGUGUCGACAUAGCGCUGCCCAUGAAUGUUCAUGACAAGGAUCUCACUGCGAUGUCUAGUUCAUAUCCUCCUGAUCCGGAAGAAAUAACUGUUUACACAGCGGUACGAACGCAAGCAAGGUUUUUUAUCGCCACAAACCCCAUAUACCUCAGAAUUAUCUCAAAGCCUUUGCCCAGUGCCCGCGAGCUACUUCAAUUGGAGGCUCAGUGCAUAGGAUCGUGGGCAGAGAAGACGCCAUCUUACUUCUCAGAAGCAGCGGCCAUACCGCCUAAUUAUGUGUUUUCCCACUCCGUCAUGCAAUGGAGAUGGCGAAACUUUCGCAUGAUCAUGUACCGCCCUUUUGUCAUCCGGCGAGCUUUAUUGGCGCGCAGCGGUCGUCGGGACAAUUCGAGUCCAGAAUCGCUCCAGGCUUACGAGCGAUGCUUGGAGGAUGCUAAACAGAGCAUACUGUCAAUCAGUGCAUUCUGGGCUACAAAUGACCACAACCGUCUCUUCGCGUGGUAUGCAUUAUAUUUCCUAUUCCAGGCUGCUCUGAUCCCUUGUAUCUGCCUGCAAAACGAAUCUUCUCCCCCAAACGCACCAGAUUGGCGUGAUCAAAUUGUUACCUCCUUAAAAGUUAUUGCGGCCUUGGUACCAGUAAAUCCAAGCGCUAGACGGUGCUACCAAGUUAUUGUCAGCCUCUGUGGAGCCCAUCUCGAUACACCGAUGCCUCUUCUUCCCGAGGAUGUCAACUCAGAAGAAUCCCUCGUUCUUCAAUCAGAAGACGUUGAUGGGUUUAAUAGCGCAAUAUACCGUCAGGAUUCGGAUGCAGACGGGGAUAGACAAAUGAUGUCUGGGGUUAACUCAAACGAUCAGAUGAACGCGGUUUUUGGCAUGAUGUGGCCCAACACGCUUUUCGAUACUGCUGACAAGGGACAUGAUGAUUCUUGGAUGGAUUUUCUCAAUGGGAUAUAGACUUGAACAUAAUGCUGAGCACAUGGAAGUACUAUCCUCCAUUUCUGUGCCCGAAAGACCACUAGUUUUUUUUUUUUU